GGCACAGUGUCAUAGCUGCAAAGUGGAAUUCUCUUCUCAAAUUUUAUAGGAAAUUGUCCAAAUGCACAAUGAAAGAUUAUGCAAAUCCUUAAGGAGCAUCUAAUCAAUCACCGCGGUGUGAGAGGAAUGCAGCUCAUCGCUGAAUUAGCUUCUGUUGGAAUGUAUUCAUGUGUAACAUCCCACUGACUGGAUGACAUCACAACAGCUCCUGGUCCUUGAAAGUCUUGAGGAUGAUUAGCUGAAGGAAUUGGCCGUUUCUGCCAAUCAUAAUCCGGCAAAGCUGCCUUUAUAGUUCUGGAGAUAUGAGAAGGAGGGAGGGAAAGACCGACUACAGCUAAACAAGAGGCACCGCAGCAGUAGCAACAGCAGAGCAGGAGCAGCUGGUAUUCCGGUGAUUAAAUAGUUCUCAUAGCCUUUUUGCUGUACUCGGUCUGCUCCCUGGUGUAAUUCUCGCGUCCAAGAAGGAAGCUGCAUUUUAACGGUGUGCUGAACAGAGGUUUGAAUCAUUCCAGCUGGCUGCUUGUUUUGAAAAGGACAAUGUGUCUAAAUAAAAAGACUCCGCUGGAAGAGUUCAGAUACUAGGAAUGGAGCUAGAGAGUGCUGUUGGAAUAUUGUUGAGGCAGAUUGCAUGAACUGAAAGCUCCUUCUAAUUAACCUGGAGCCAAGUGAACCUGAACACUGGAUAUCUCAUUUGCUAACUCGGGAUAAAUUCAAGUUAGGAAAAGAAAAAAAAAUUAUUGAAAUGCUUCUCUAGAUUAUGCUUAGAAGAUUCUGCAGCAAUUCUUGGUACUGGAUAUAUUCCAAAUCUCUUCAAUGUAUGACCUCCUGGUCCACUGCAUUCCAGCUUUAACUUAUUUGUGAUCCUUUCCAUCAUUUUACAUGAUUUGCAAUGGUUACAUGAACUUGGGGAAGUAAUAUUUGCACCAUCUCAUACUUUACUCACUAUGGCACUUUAGGAAAAGAAAUUGGAAAAAAAAUUUCCAAAGUAUUAUUUUUAAAAAUGAAUCUUAUUGUGAAGCUUCGAAGAAGUUUUCGAACAUUGAUUGUUCUCUUAGCUACCUUUUGCUUAGUGAGCAUUGUCAUUUCUGCCUAUUUCCUCUACUCUGGCUACAAACAGGAGAUGACUCUUAUUGAAACCACUGCAGAAGCAGAAUGUGCUGACAUAAAAAUUCUACCAUAUCGUUCGAUGGAGCUAAAAACUGUCAAACCUAUUGAUACAUCCAAAACUGACCCAACUAUUCUACUCUUUGUGGAAAGCCAGUACUCUCAACUCGGUCAAGAUAUCAUAGCUAUUUUGGAAUCCAGUAGAUUUCAGUACCACAUGGUAAUUGCCCCUGGCAAGGGAGACAUACCUCCUCUUACAGAUAAUGGCAAAGGGAAAUACACUUUAGUUAUUUACGAAAAUAUUCUGAAAUAUGUCAGCAUGGACUCAUGGAAUCGAGAGCUUUUAGAAAAAUACUGUGUGGAAUACAGUGUUAGCAUAAUUGGUUUUCAUAAAGCCAAUGAGAACAGCUUACCAAGUACACAAUUAAAAGGCUUUCCUUUAAACCUUUUCAACAAUCUAGCUCUAAAGGACUGUUUUGUCAACCCUCAGUCUCCUUUGCUGCAUAUUACCAAAGCACCCAAGGUUGAGAAAGGACCUCUUCCUGGGGAAGACUGGACUAUUUUCCAAUAUAAUCAUUCAACCUACCAGUCUGUACUUUUAACUGAAUUACAGUCAGAAAAAUUCCUUUCAUUCUUGUCUAGCAAAACACCCUUUGCAACAGUGAUUCAGGAUCUGGGGCUUCAUGAUGGAAUUCAGCGAGUACUUUUCGGCAACAACUUAAACUUUUGGCUACACAAGCUCAUCUUCAUAGACGCCAUCUCCUUCUUGUCAGGGAAGAGACUGACAUUGUCCUUGGAGAGGUACAUCCUUGUGGACAUUGACGAUAUAUUUGUUGGGAAGGAGGGAACAAGGAUGAAUGUCAAAGAUGUAAAGGCAUUACUAGAGACUCAAAAUUUACUGCGCACUCAGGUUGCAAAUUUUACCUUCAACCUUGGAUUUUCAGGGAAGUUUUACCACACAGGGACUGAAGAGGAAGAUGAAGGAGAUGACCUUUUGCUUCGGUCUGUGGAUGAGUUCUGGUGGUUUCCUCACAUGUGGAGUCACAUGCAGCCCCACCUCUUCCACAAUGAGUCAUCAUUAGUGGAGCAGAUGAUUCUCAACAAGGAAUUUGCACUGGAACAUGGAAUACCAAUCAACAUGGGCUAUGCUGUGGCCCCACAUCACUCGGGAGUUUAUCCAGUUCAUAUUCAGCUGUACACAGCUUGGAAGAAGGUCUGGGGUAUUCAGGUCACCAGCACUGAAGAGUAUCCACAUCUGAAGCCAGCACGGUACAGAAGGGGCUUCAUUCACAAUAGCAUCAUGGUCCUCCCUCGACAGACCUGUGGGUUGUUCACUCACACUAUUUUCUACAAAGAGUAUCCAGGAGGACCACAAGAACUGGAUAAAAGUAUCAGAGGAGGUGAACUUUUUCUCACAAUCCUUCUAAACCCAUGUUGUUAUCUUGAAUCGCCAGCAGGUGGUGCUAUCUCAGCUGCUCGCCCCAGAGGGGGUGGGGCCGGACAGGAAGUGGCAGAGACUGGAGAUGGAUUCCUGCCUCAGGGCACAGGCAGGAGACUCACGCGGGCAGGACGUCUCGGUCACAGGAGAGGUGGCAGUGAUCCCAGCAGAUCCUCCCUGAAGGGACUUCAAGGACUGAAGUCGUGGAUCGCCUCCGGCCUGGGUGGUGCAAUGUGCUACCAGUGGCAGUGGCGGCAUCUGCACUGCAGUGGCUGUCCAGUCAGCUGCGAUGCCCCAGCAGUGGCAACUGCCGAGCUCCAUAUGAAGAGCAGGCUGCAAUGUUGGGGUCCGCAGCCCCCGGGGUGA